AUGAUUCUGGAUUUCUAUCUCAAGUACAAUCCCGACAAACAUUGGGCUCAUCUAUUCUACGGAGCAAGUCCAAUUUUGGAGAUUUUGGUCAUUUUUGGAAUGUUGGCGAACUCGGUGUAUGGCAACAAAUUGGCUAUGUUUGCUUGUGUCCUCGACUUGGUCUCUGGCGUGUUCUGUCUUUUGACUCUUCCAGUCAUUUCUGUUGCUGAAAAUGCCACUGGUGUCCGCUUGCACCUUCCAUACAUCUCCACUUUCCAUUCGCAGUUUUCUUUCCAAGUCUCAACUCCAGUGGACCUUUUCUAUGUUGCCACUUUCCUUGGAUUCGUCUCCACGAUUCUGAUUCUUCUCUUCCUGAUUUGUGAGUUUUGA